AGGGCUAACGUUCGAGAUCUCCCGCCAACACACUCUCUCUCUCUUUCCCCUCGGUGCCUGUGAAAAGAAGAUGACGAGACACAUUACCGAAACGGGAAAGGAAACCUCAUCAACAACGGAAAGACGCGUCCCCCAGAUCAAGAGAAAGGCAGAUCCGAGUCCAAAGGAUCUCCGUGGAAAUCGGAGUUACGCGGGAUGAGUCUCAUCUUUCGGAUCUACGACAGCGCAAGGAGGCGGGCAAAAAGGAGGAGGAUAAAGAAAAGGGAAAUUCCCGAAAGAACAGGACUCCUCUAGAAGGGAUCCUCGAAUGGUAGGGGGAAGAAGUGGGGAGACGGAUUGAGAACUUCACAGAAGGAUGCACGGCGACUCAGACCGGAGAUCCGCUUUGCCAUCGGAGAACCCGCUUCUUUCCGGUCACUGAAGAAACAUCGUUUUCUGAAGAGGUCGGAUGCUUCCACGUUUGAAUCGGGAAGAAGACGGAGGAAUAUUAUCAGCACGGAGCGAGAUGAUAUAGUGUUGAAAUUGUUGUAAGCGCAGAUACUCAAUCCGAGGGAAUUAUAAAGCAGAAGACUGGUUAUUUUCUUUUACUUGUCUUAGGAGUGAACGGAGAAAGUGGAGAACGAUCAAUCGUGCGAAACAAGGGGAUUUCUCCAGCAGACGCCUGAACAGAAGGCGUCGGCUACAAUCGACGCGGAAGACGGUAAAAAUCUGACGGUGGAUCCGUGAGGCGAUCCGGAUUGAGGAUACAGCCAAAAGCUAUCAGGCCUCUCUUUGCGACCAAAAGGGUUGGAGAACUGGAAGCAAUGAGCGGGCAGGAUGGGGUAAAGCUGGGCGACGAGCAGUUGGCGGAGCUCCGGGAGAUAUUCCGGUCGUUCGACCGAAACAACGACGGCAGCCUGACGCAGCUCGAGCUCGGCUCGCUGCUGCGGUCGCUCGGGCUCAAGCCGAGCGAGGAACAGCUCGACGCUCUCAUCCAGAGGGCCGAUACCAACAGCAACGGCCUCGUCGAGUUCUCGGAGUUCGUUUCCCUCGUCUCACCGGAGCUCCUCUCGUCCAAGUCACCCUACACCGAUGAGCAGCUCCGCUCCCUCUUCAGCCUCUUCGACCGCGAUGGCAACGGCUUCAUCACCGCCGCGGAGCUCGCUCAUUCCAUGAAUCGGCUUGGCCACGCCCUCACCGUCGAAGAGCUCACCGGCAUGAUCAAGGAGGCCGACACCGACGGAGACGGCCGGAUCAGCUACCCCGAGUUCGCCAAGGCCAUCACAUCUGCUGCCUUCGACAAUUCCUGGUCGUGAUCGUGGUUUGGCUCCUUCAUUGCUCUCUGGGCGCUGACGAACGGGAAGAAGAAGAAAGUCGAGUCCUCCUUUUCUCUAAAUUCAAACCUUUGGUUUCCUUGGUUUUUAUCAAGUUGGGUCGACCUCUUUUGUCCGUCUGAAGCUUGUAUAGACAAAUUCUCUGCCCCCUUUUUGUCCCCACAGACGGGCAUGUUCAUUUGUUCUGCGGAAAAUUGUGGAUGUUCCUGUGUCUGAGAUUUCUAAACUUGUCCCCUUUGUCUUUUCUCC